UCUUCGGCUCUCUCUUUCUCGUUUGCCCGAGAAGCUUUGUUGAUUUUUUAACACUUAGCUAAAUAAGUAGCUAUAUUCGCUUGCCAUGGAUCAACCACCAUCGUACCAGCCAGAGUUUGUCCCAAUGAAAGGAAAUAAGUACACGCGUCUUGAAGACCCUCACGGAGCGGCCAAGUUCCAACAUACCGUCGUCUUGGGACAGCCCCAGCCCGUUGUACCUCAGCCCAGGGAUCACAUUAUCUGGUCACUUUGCAGCCUCGUGUACGGCAACCCAUUCUGUCUCGGAAUGUUAGCUGUGUAUUUCUCCAUAAAGUCCAGGGAUAGGAAGAUGGUUGGAGACUUGGAAGGAGCAAGACAACAUGGGAAUACUGCACGCUGCUUUAAUACUGUGACCCUGACCCUGGUAAUCCUCGGGCUGCUCUUCCUCUUCAUCACCUAUGGUAUCAUCAUCUACCAAAUCACACACUGAGUAGUUCCAGUCUUUGCUUUUGUAAAAAGUGUUCAUUUGGAGUCUUACCAGAUGUUACACACCUCUCUAGGAGUGUGUCCUGAUACAUUUCAGCUCAUCUCUUAAACACACACACUAUGGAAGUUCCUUCAGCAGUGUGUACCAGAUCUUAUUUGCGCUUUAGUUUUGUAUUUUAAGGAUGCAAGAUGAUUCUGUUGAAGUUACAUUGAAAUGUUAUUUUCAUCAAUAAAUGAUUUUUGUUUGUAAA